UAAGUCUUUGGUAUAAUCUGUAGUUCAGCACCGUGCCUAGUUACAAUAACGCCUUGAGCAAUGUUUACCCAUGGCGCCCCCAUCAUUAUAGGUUCACAAACAUAUUCAUACUCCAUCAAAAUUCACUUUUCUAGCUUCUAUUCUGGCAAAGUCAUGAACAAUAUCGCUGUAACAGAUAGAACUGCAUAAUUUAUGUUCCAUCGAUAACGUCGCUAACCCCACCAAUCGUUCUUGGCUCAUCGAUGAUCAUAAAUAAUUCUCGAAUAAUUUUAAUUUUCAAAAACUGCGUUUUCCAGAAGCCACAGAUACGAGUAAUGUCAAUAAAAUGCGUAACGCAACUACUGCAUUCGGAAAAACGGUUGCGAGAUCGAGAUUUCUUUUGGUUAAUUCAGAACAUGAAAUGGCUUUAUUUCGCUAUAGGCCUUUUCAUCAUAAGACGAGCGCAAGCGUAGGCGCCAUGUUGAAAUGGCGGUAGUUCAAAAGAUUCGUACUGUUUUGAUCAGCAAUGGCUGGGAACGGGAUAUUAUCUCCAAAAACUAAUAAAUUAUUAGAAAAAACUAUCGAUGGUGCUUCACUUAUUUAUGAUUCAGUUGAAGCUCAUAAUUGUGAACAGUUAAGAAGGUGGCUUAAAUGUCAUGGACGUCCGCAAAAAGGGAAAAAAAGUGAGCUGAUUGAGAGAGUCAAAAAUGCCAUCAGGAACAAUGUACCAGUGGACCAAACUGUUGACAAAGGAAAAUGGCAAAAUAUCUUAAGUACACACAAUCAAAGUCCAAAUCUUUUGCAAAGUCAAAUAAUAAAUUAUCCUAAUAUUUGGCAACCAUUUCCCUCUGACAAAGUGCCUAAGAACUUCAGCUAUGGAUCUAUAUAUCAUUAUCUAGUAACAUCAUGCAUAGACAACAACAAUAGUGACAGUGACAUUGAAAACUAUAAUAAUAAUGAUCAAAUUCCAAAAACUGAUUACAGUACAUCCAAACCAUUGAAACGAGGCAAACAAUAUGUGGACAGCGGCCAUGUAUUUGAAAUUCUUGAAGGCGUAACAUCUGAUCAAAUGUUUUGCUUGAAAUGCAAAAUUCAAGCUUCUUAUAAAGCUAAAGAAGUUCAUCAAGUAUCAGUUAUGAUAAAUCCGUCAACUACCCGAGUAGUUUAUGGUACUUGUGAUUGCAAAGCAUCGAGUAUGGGCCGGUGUUCUCAUGUAGCUGCUUUGCUAUAUGUUUUAUUAAAUUAUCUAGAUGCAUGUGAUGAAGAAAAUGUACCUUGUACGAGUAAGCUAUGUAGCUGGAAUCAAGGUAGAAAAAGAAAAGAACCUCAUAAAGCCGAUGAGCAACAGUAUAAAAAUAAAAAUGACAUCAGUAAACGCAGGUCAUAUGAUCCCGGACGAAGUUUGACAAGACCGGUAAACAAACAAAAAAUAAAUAAUUUACUAUCGGACUUAAAAUUAAUAAAUGCUAGUCGAAAAGCUCCUUCUAUGUGGCAAUUGUUAUUACAGCCUCAAUAUGAAGAUUAUAUAUUAGAUAAACCAAGAAAAAGUCAGUUGAAAACAUUAGUUUAUCGUCUAACCACUAAUGUGUGCAAUAAUAAGAUUGGGCCUGUUGAUAUCACUUUAGGGGCUCAAAGUGAUAAUGAUAAGUGGUGGCAAUACCGUCAAAUAUUGAUAACAGCUUCAAAAAUUAAACAAUUUAAGACUGAUAAAACAAAUGACCAAAUUUUUGCUCUAGUCAAUUCUCAGCUGUGGGUCCAACAAAAUAUAACGACUGAAGCGAUGCAAUAUGGUAGAGAAAAUGAAGAAAUUGCACGUCAAAAAUACAAAGACUUUACUUCAAAAAAAUUUUCUUAUGAAGUUCAGAGUAGUGGCUUGUGGGUGAAUUCCAAGUAUCCAGGAUUAGGCGCAUCGCCAGAUGGCUUAAUUUUUGAUCCAUUGAGGAAUACAACCGGAGUGUUGGAAAUCAAGUGCCCAAAAAUUUUUAAAAAUUAUAACCCAACAAACUUACAUUUCCUGACACCACAGCAGCGUACUUCAUUUUGUUGUACUUCUGUUAAUAAAACAUGCAUGAAGUUAAAACGAAAUCACCCAUAUUACUACCAAAUACAAACUCAAAUGGCAAUAACUGAGAGAUUGUGGUGUGAUUUCGUCAUUUGGACUCCAAAGGGGUUCCAUGUAGAGAAGAUUUUUUAUGAUGGUAUUUUCAUUGAACCUAUACUUAAGCACGUUAGUGCAUUCCAUCAAAAUAUUUUGGCUCCAGAGUAUUUUGAAAUGAGAAUCCCACGGCGUUUGAUUCCUUUUGAUUUAUCGAAGUGAAAUAUAUUUCAUAAAGAAUUUCCCAACCUACUGUUUACAACUUUUUUUUUUUAUUUUUAUAUUCCUCAAUAUAUUACAAAAAGUA